AUGGACCAUCGCACUUUCGUCUCCGAUUCCCUCCUUCGCCUAGCGAAUGCGUCGGACCCUACCGUCGUCGACUUCAUUCUCGCCACCGCGACAUCCGCAAAAUCGUCUUCGUCGCUGCAAGAUAAGAUAGCGCCUUUUCUGGAUGCCGGUGCAGACGAGGUCAGUUCGUUUUGCUCGGAGCUUUAUAAACGAGUUGGGAAGUCUGCAACUACCACAAUUACCACCGCUGGGACCAGCAGCGGGAGUCGAAACGCGAAAGCUAGUGCAGCGGCGAAAGAGAAGAAAAGAUAUUGUCUCCUGAAUAUGGAUGAGAUUGAUGAUGAAGCUGCGAGUGGAAGCGGGAGUUCUCUGGGGCCGAGAAAUGUCGAAUCCGAUAGAAAAGAAAGUGACCGAAGGAGACGCGAUAAAGAGCGUGACGAGGACAGGGAUAGUAAGAGUCGCGGUGGUCGCUGGGAGAAGGAUGAGAGUCGGAAGAGGGACCGCGAGCAUAGCCGGGACCGGCAUCGGUCAAAGAAGUUGAGGCGGCGCGACGUUGAUGAUUUCGAAGACCGGUGGGGUGACGAGGAGGUUUUGGAAGAGGAGGAACUGCAGGAUGCUGAAGAGGAGUUUGAGGAGUCGCCGGCAAAGAGAGCGAGGCUAGACGAUGGUUCUGCAUCACCGCGUCCAAGAGCGAGUUCGGCGGAUCUGGACCCCGAAGAACGAAAAGAGCGUGACCGAAAACGAGACCUCGAGGAGCGCGAUGCGUUGGCGAAGCGGCUGGCGAACAAGGAUGACAAGCGGUCGAAGAAGAUCGUGGAGGACCGGACGAAGGAUAGUGAGGCGGCUAGGCGACGAGCAUUGGCAGAUGAUUCCAAGGCCCGGGCGGCUGCUAUGCCAGAUCUCAGGCUGAGAUCGAGACAGGAGUAUCUUAAGAAACGUGAAACAGAACGGCUAGCUCUAUUAAGAAGGCAGGUUGCGGAGGAGACGCAGGAAUUGCGCGAGAAUCCGAAUCUGACGCGGAAGGAGAAGGACGAGUUUGCGCGCAAUCGGGAGGUGCUGCGCGUUGCGGAAGAGAGACUACGCAUUGACGAUCAUCGCGACGGAUAUAUGAUGCCGGAGGACUAUAUAACGGAGAAGGGCAAGAUUGAUCGAAAGAAAAAAGAGGAUGCUCUCUACAAGCGAUACGUGGACCGUGAUGAAAUGGGCCAGGAGAAGUUCGUUACUGAGCACGAGGAAUGGGAGUUGGAGCAAUCUGCAAAGGCGAAAGCUCAGAUAAACCGGGCUGAGUUCGUGGAUGAGGGCGACUACGAGUAUGUCUUUGAUGACACGCAGAAGAUCAACUUCAUCGCAGACGCCCAGAUGAAGGGUACGCGCAAGAUGAUGACCCAGGAGCAACGGAUGCUGCAGGAGAAGCUUGACCAGGCUGAGCAGAAGGCACAAAGUAUCGAAGACACCCGGAAAAAGCUGCCGAUCUAUCAGUUCCGUGAUCAGAUCAUUCAAGCAGUUCAAGAUCAUCAGGUGCUGAUUAUCGUCGGAGAAACGGGUUCUGGAAAGACGACGCAGCUUCCGCAGUACCUCCAUGAGGCAGGAUACACGAAGAACGGGAUGAAGGUUGGCUGCACGCAGCCACGACGAGUCGCAGCCAUGAGUGUGGCCUCACGCGUUGCAGAAGAGAUGGGUGUCAAGCUAGGCAAUGAAGUUGGAUACUCAAUUCGAUUCGAAGAUAACACUAGCGACAAAACGGUGCUGAAGUAUAUGACGGACGGUAUGUUGUUGCGUGAGCUUCUUACAGAGCCGGAUCUGGGACAGUAUUCAGCCCUAAUGAUUGAUGAAGCACACGAGCGUACAGUGCCGACAGAUAUUGCUUGUGGACUUUUGAAGGAUAUCGCAAAAGCGCGCCCGGAUUUAAAGCUACUGAUUUCUUCUGCGACUAUGGAUGCGCAGAAAUUCCAAAGCUAUUUUGAUAACGCGCCAAUCUUCAAUAUUCCUGGACGCAUGUACAAUGUCGACAUUCAUUAUACGCAACAACCCGAAGCCAACUACCUUGCUGCUGCUAUCACAACAGUCUUUCAGAUUCACGUCUCCCAAGGGCCGGGUGAUAUCCUCGUUUUCUUCACUGGUCAGGAAGAAAUCGAGGCGGCUGAGCAGAGUUUACAGGAGACUGCAAGAAAGCUCGGGAAUAAGAUACCUGAAAUGAUCAUAUGUCCAAUCUACGCCAAUCUACCGUCUGAUCUACAGGCCAAGAUCUUCGAGCCGACACCACCAAAAGCGCGGAAGGUGGUGUUGGCUACUAAUAUCGCGGAGACUAGUUUGACGAUUGACGGGAUUGUUUAUGUCAUUGACCCUGGCUUUGUCAAGGAAAACGUCUUCAACCCCAGGACCGGCAUGGAGAGCUUAGUAGUGACGCCCUGCUCGCGAGCAUCAGCAAACCAACGAGCGGGUCGAGCUGGUCGCGUCGGGCCAGGAAAAUGCUUCCGCUUGUAUACCAAGUGGGCGUACUACAAUGAAUUGGAAGAGAGCACGACGCCUGAGAUUCAGCGGACGAACUUGAGCAGCGUGAUUCUCAUGCUGAAAUCGCUGGGAAUAGACCAGCUGCUCGAAUUCGACUUUAUGGAUCCUCCACCGGCAGAGACAAUUAUUCGAGCAUUGGAGCAGCUCUAUGCGCUAGGAGCACUGAAUGAUCGUGGAGAACUUACCAAAAUCGGGCGGCAGAUGGCUGAAUUCCCAACAGACCCGAUGCUGGCCAAGGCAAUCUUGGCCGCAGACAGUCAAGGCUGCGUGGAAGAAGUUCUAUCUAUUGUUUCUAUGCUCGGCGAAGCCAGCGCACUCUUCUUCCGACCAAAGGACAAGAAGAUCCAUGCGGACAGCGCUCGCAAUCGAUUCACCAUCAAAGACGGCGGCGAUCACCUAACCCUCCUCAACAUCUGGAACCAAUGGGUGGACUCCGACUUCAGCUACGUAUGGGCGAAGGAAAACUUUCUCCAACAGCGCAGUUUAACCCGAGCACGCGACGUGCGCGAUCAACUCGCUAAACUCUGUGACCGCGUCGAGGUAACCGUCAGCUCUUGCGGCUCAAACAACAUCGUCCCGAUUCAAAAGGCCAUCACUGCCGGCUUCUUCCCGAACGCAGCGCGUCUCCAGCGCGGCGGCGACAGCUAUCGCACCAUAAAGACAGGACAAACGGUGUACCUACAUCCGUCGAGUACGUUGUUCGAGGUCAACCCGCGGUGGGUGAUCUAUUUCGAGCUGGUCCUUACGAGUAAGGAGUACAUGCGCAGUAACAUGCCUUUGCAGGCGGAGUGGCUGGUCGAGGUUGCACCGCAUUACUACAAGAAGAAGGAUCUCGAUACGCUAGGCACAGAGAAGAAGCCUAAGGGACAGGGGGCGGCAGGGGAGAAGAGCCGUGAUUGA